CAUCUAUCUCUCUAUCGCGCCUUCCCCACCAGCAUCGACCUAUCUCUGCCCUCAUUUCGGUUUCCCCAUUCCCCUUCGCACCCCCGCGGCGGCGGACCUCCCCGGGCGCUCCCCGGACCACGCGCAACAGUACCAUGAGGAGGUACAGCCCCCCACACCGUAGUCCCCCGAGGAGGGGUUAUGGCGGUAGCCCUGCACAUCGUAGUCCCCCAAGGAGGGGAUAUGGUGGCAGCCCCCCGCACCGCAGCCCCCCAAGGAGGGGAUAUGGUGGCAGAGGAAGAAGUCCCCCUAGGAGGGGUGGAUAUGGAGGACGAAAGGAGCAGGGUUCUGGAAGUCUCUUGGUCCGCAACAUCCCACUAAGCGCCAGAGCGGAGGAUCUCCGUGUUCCUUUUGAAAGGUUUGGUCCUGUUAGGGAUGUUUACCUUCCGAAGGAUUAUUACAGCGGGGAGCCACGAGGGUUUGCGUUUGUGGAGUUUGUUGACCCUUAUGACGCCUCUGAGGCCCAAUAUCACAUGAAUCGCCAGGUAUUUUUUGGCCGUGAGAUAACUGUUGUGCUUGCUGCUGAGUCACGGAAGAGGCCAGAGGAUAUGCGCACUAGAACUAGAGUCAGGUAUGUAUUCCCAUUUUUGUGUGAAGAUUUGCUUUGUAUUCCCUCGUGCUCAAUUGAAAUGGCUUUUGCAGUGGUUAUUCUAGAGGUCAUGAAGGGCGCCGUUCCUCUCAUUAUGGGAGGUCUCGUUCCCGUUCACGCUCCGCCUCUCCCCGCCCUCGUGGCGGUGGUCGCGCUCGGUCAAGGUCAUACUCUCCUGCUCCAAGACGGCGGGAUGACUACUCUGCUUCCCCACGGGGAAGGGAGUCUCAUCGCUCGAAAUCUCCUGUGCGUCAUCCGAAAGAACAUGAAGAGGACAAAAGGAGAUCCUACUCCCCCCCUGGUAGAGAUGGCGGCCAGCGUGAUGCUGAUAAUGGUUAUGAGAAGAGGUCGCCACUGGCUGACAGUGAUGGAUCCCCUUCACUGCAGAGGGUGGCCAGGCCAUCCUCAGGGUCGCCCCCUGGAUCCCGCUCCAGGUCCCCCGACGCUUCUCCCGCCCGCAGCGACUAAGAAAGUGGUUACAUCCUCUGCAGUUGCCGCAUCUCCAUCUAGCUACUUCCAUUCCAUUGGUUCGAGUAAAACCCUUUGAGGUUGUGUUGUAUUGCUUGUUAGCGGUCACAGACGUUCUGCUCCUGCUUGUUGCUGUUGGAACCUUAAGGACUGUAGCAUGGCGUGUCUGUCAUAUCUAUGUACCAUGUGUAUGGAGUGUCAGGGACCCAAUUUCCAUGUACUUUAUUUGGAGAAAAGCCUUUGAGUUGAUCGAA